GGCUGUCACGGGCGUAGCUCCUGAUUGCGUCACGAUCGGGAGACCGCGAGACACGCUGAAAGUAAGAGAGAUAGAGAGAGAGAGGGAGAGAGAGGAGUGAUGGAGUGAUAGAUAGCUAGAUAUAUAUGUAUAGAUAGAAAUAGAGAAAGAGAGAGAGAGAGAGAGCGGAGAGUGCAAUAGACGAGGAAUUAUCACGGGAGCGAGAGGGACAACCGGGGGUGGAGUUUGGGCGGUGGGAGGCGAACAGUGGAUGGUGUUGUGUGGAUGGUGCAGUGCAGUGCAAUGAGGAUGCAGCGGAACUCGGUGGUGGUUUCUGUUUGCGUAUGCUCACCACGCCAGGGGGGCACGGUAUAGGGCUACAAGAUACCGUAUCUGCCUCUGCAUUUGAUUUAGAUGAUCCAUCAACUUAUACUGACGUGAUCAUGCAGCCCGUGAAUCGCAACUAGUCCAAGAGACAGGAUAGAAGAGGAGGGAGGGACUGAUCUCUUCGGAAGAGGCGCUCAUAUAAUCAUGAUUGAACUUCACUUAGAAUGAUUUUCGCUGCUCUCGAUGGGGGGUUAAAGGUCACAUAGAUGCGGUGUCAAUUUCCCCACACUACUUCUGCGUCGACGCACCUUGCGGAACAACGAUUGACUCGGUUUGCGAAUACGAACGGUUUUGGGUGGUCCUAUUUGAGGAUCUCGCCUCGCUAGCCGUUGGUCUAGGGUUCGACCGCAUCCGGAAUUUACACAACUCUGACAUUUAUCUCACUGCACGGCCCUUAAUCUCAGCCCGCUACGAAGCCAAAGCUGACCUGUAUUAAAAAAAGGAAUGGAGAAGACAUGGCUGUGGGAGCAGCGAAGGCACUGCUAUAUUACUCUGCUCAAUCUUUUGCCAUUCUCAGAAGAGGAUCAAUGGAGCUCGUGGACUGCAGAUGAAACGGGGUCGUUAUUUCAAAGUUUUUGUAGUAAAAACAUUUCGAAAAUCAACCAUCAGAGAAGACUGUAACAUCAGAUAUCAAAUCUCGGUGGGUUAAUACGACCAAACUAGAGAACUAGUGUGUAGAGGUCAGAAAAGAGACAUAGUUAGAAAGAAACGAGAACGGAAAAAGGAAGAAGGAGCCGAAGUGCAGGAAAUACGGGCAGGCAUUGUGAGGGCGGUUCGUGCGAUUAUCGAACGGUUCUUACAUGAAGAUUAUCUUGGAAACGUACAGCAUGGGCCCGGCACCCUACAGUUAACUCCCUUGAGCGAUGCAAGUAGUUAGGGCUAAGGCCUUGGCCGUACUGGUGAGCAUGUGGCUCACUAGAGAAUGAAGAAGCAAAACGUCCGGACCUUAUCGUUGAUCGUCUGCACGUUCACCUACCUCCUUAUUGGCGCCGCAGUCUUCGACGCCCUAGAAUCCGAAACCGAAAAGCGACGCUGGGAAGCUUUGGAUGCUAUAGAGAAAAUGGUGAUACGGAAGUACAAUAUAAGCGAGGACGACUUCAAGGUGAUGGAAACGGUUGUGCUGAAGACGGAACCACACAAGGCAGGUCAGCAGUGGAAAUUUGCUGGGGCAGUCUACUACGCUACCACGGUGCUUACUACGAUUGGAUAUGGACACUCUACACCAAAUACCAUAGGUGGUAAAUUGUUUACGAUGUGCUACGCUAUCGUGGGUAUUCCAUUAGGUCUUGUCAUGUUUCAAAGUAUAGGCGAACGGCUCAACGAGUUUUCGUCAGUUGUUAUACAAAGCGUGAAACGUCUUCUCAAUUGCAAGGAUAUACAAGCAUCAGAAAUGAAUCUGAUAUGUGUUGUUACGACACUCUCCAGUCUCACGAUUGCUGGGGGUGCCGCAGUCUUCUCAAGAUAUGAAGGAUGGUCGUAUUUCGAUUCAGUUUACUACUGCUUCAUUACGCUGACGACAAUUGGUUUCGGCGAUAUGGUUGCCCUCCAGAAGGACAAUGCGUUGGACAACAAGCCAGAAUACGUGAUGUUCGCUCUGAUCUUCAUUCUGUUCGGUUUGGCCAUUGUUGCUGCCUCUCUGAAUUUGCUAGUUCUUAGAUUUGUCACUAUGAACACUGAAGACGAACGGAGAGACGAGGCGGAAGCUUUACAGGCGGCUCAAGGAGCUGUACGUCUUGAAGGUGACGUAAUAACAGCAAAUGGCUCGAUCCUCUCAGGACAAAUCGGCAACCAAGGAGACACAAUUUCAUUGGAUGACAACGCAUCCGUUUGUAGCUGCCGCUGCAGUGGUUUUUACAAAAAGAGACGAAGACAACGUUUCACCGUGCGUCGUUCACCGGGUAAAAUAUCCCACUUGCUGCCAAUGCAGCAAUUACCGGCUCUUCACGUUCAGGCAGAGCAUUGUCCACCACCGUUAACACCACUGCUCCAAAUACCACCAUUGUAUCAACACAGAGCCAGUAUCUGACGAUCUUCGUCAAUUGAAAAAAGACUUCCAUUCCUUGCGAUCUAUGAAUCGUAUCAAUAUCGUCGUGCUUCUCUUUAGGAAUAUCGGAACGGACGUUUGCCCAAGUACAACCGUGGCUGAUUGGACUCACAAAAUGAAGGGUGACAAUCUUGGAUGUGUCUAGUAAGCAGUGCUGGAAUGAUACAGUGUUCAAAUAUCAGCUGUUUUUCAUCUAAGUUUUAAAAUUUGUUAUAAUAUUUUUUUAAAUGUACGAUGAAUUGAUUCAUGUAUCUGAAGUACACUGCCAUGCAACUAGUGUUACAAGAACUGAAUCAAGAACUAACAUAACAAAGGCUUCCAAUAAUCAGAAAGCUUGAAUGAGAUGUAGGAAUACAAUGAAAGAAAGAACACAUGGACCAUCAUUUACGCGUAAACGUCAUACAAAAACUAAAUAGAAAAAGUUUUCAAUACAGACUUGCGAAAUGAAGAAUUUCAAUAAUCAUCAAACAUCAUUAACAUUCGACAUAACCAACAAAACGCAUGGGAUAUAUACUUUAAUGUUGAAAUUUUACAAUAUAUUUACAAAGACGACGUUUAUUGUUCAUUCUAGCAAUCUUAGCAUUCGAUUUUUGACUAAUUUAUUCAAAAUUUGUCAUUGCGCUGUCAUUGCAAUUUUACCCACCAAACUAAGUUUUCAUGCCAGCACGUUCAGUGUAAUAGGAGCUUCUUAUUUUCCUGAUCUUUUCCGCGUCUACGCUUCAAUCAAAUAUGAUAAUACGUAGACGUUUAUUCUCCGUAAGGUAAAAAAUCAAUUCAUCAAAUAUGCAAAAAAUUUUGAUAGCAAGAGUUUUAGAUGUGGAAAAAUUCUGACUUAUUGUUAGAAAGCGCUAACUAUAGUAUAUCAAUUCGGAUCUUCCACUGUUCUCAAAUCUUCAUAAUUUCCUGAACCAGAACUAUGAAAUAUUUUUCAUCCAAAAAUAAUUGAUAUCUGAUUCAUAUUAAGACUACAUUAAAGCUUCAAAAUUUAAAAAAAUUAACAAAUACUGAACAAACGGGUAAGCGUUGCUUGCAUUUGGAAAUAUCGUCUGCACUACUCUUCAAGAAUCAUAGAUGAGACCAAAAUUAUAGGUGUAAUCUUUUUUUAUCUUCUUGCACAAUUAUACAUAACUAUAAAUUCCCACAUCUCCUAUACACUGUAGGGUAUAUAUGCACCCUCGAUGAGUGAACUAACUAUAUUUUAAUGUUUAGAAAAUGCUUUAUAUAUUAUUUCAAAGGCUUCCGAUAUUCUCAUUAUAUCUCCAGUGGUGUGAAAAUAUAUAAAACACAAUCAUAUAGAAUAUACAUAUAUACGUCAGGGUUAUUUUAUUUCUUCUACUCUUACCACCUUCGGGAAAAUGGAACAGCAGAAUGUAUGUUGCUCUAUUCAACCGCAUAUCAUCGUCUAACUCAUACAGUAUAAGUCAGUCAAAUAAAUGAUAUUUAGGGCCUGCAAUUUGAAUAAGUCCUUAGUUCACUAAAAGAUAUUCAUCAUGUUUAGGACGUCGUAUAUAAAAAGGAUCUCUGUGGUUGAGAUUGUAACCUAGAACAUUUUUGAAAAAACAAAAAAAUUGAAGUGGUGGCCAUAUAUAUGGCCAUUCUGUCCGUCUUUGGUGACCUUUAGUGCAAGCAAUGCGAAAUGACGGAUACAAAGCAGAAUGCAUUGGCCUAAUCUCGGAGAACACCGAAUUUUCUAUAGAAAAAUCACUAACUAAACCUUUGGUCUAAUCAUUACAUUGAGAUGAAACAACUUUCGAUCGCUUCCAACCUUCAACAAUUCGAUUUCCGACCUUCUGCCGAACAUGCGAACAAUACACAGAUGAAAAAAAAGCUUUCUGACGAAGCUUAACAUUAACUGAUCAAUUUUUUUAGAUUCCUCUUCCUGAUAUGUAUGGUUUUGCUACAAGAAUGUCUCAUCAUUUUCUUCAGUUGACACCGUCGUUUAUAAGUUGUUGUCAACAGUUGGGACAAGCAAAUGCUUUCGUAUUUUGAUUUCAUGAUCUUUCUUUUGCGAACCCUUAAACCACUACAAAAAAUUCCUCUAGUCCAAAAUUGAUAUUGUAAAUACUUAAAUUUUUUUGAAAAACACAAUUGUAAUAAGCAAAUAUUACAAAUAUCAUCACUUCAUUUCCUUGUAAACACUACAUUGCAAGGAAAAAAUAUUUGACCUGCAAUCAUCUUGAGCAUGUAACAAAAUCGAUUUCAACGUCAAUUCAUUGUUUGUAAUUACUUGAAUAACAAUGUACUGAGACGGAAAUAGGAGAAAAAACGAUGUGAAAUUAGAGUUCAACAAUAUUUCGUAUCAGAAUUGUCUGUAAGUUGUACUAUAAUACUGAUGCAUGCAUCGAUGUAGUCACUACAGGUCGAAAUUUUCUAGAAUUGUUUAUAAAACGUUAAAGACAAUUAUAACGUGUAGUAACCGCAUAAGUAAAAAUUUCCACAACUUAAAACUUUUUAUCCGUGGCUCUUUUUAACAGUUUUCUGCAACCGUCUGCCCCCAUCACGACAAAUAUGUCAUUAUCCUAGGCUGUAACCUACAAUUCAUUGAAUUUUCAAUCUUAUUUUGUAUAUUCUUCCGAAAAACGUGUCAAUGUAAGUAUUGAAACAAAUUUUGUAGUACAUAAUACUAAAAUACGCAAUUUUUUUGAUUCUAACAGACCCAC